UUAUCUGUGCUGAACGGUGCAACUUGGCGUGACAGAAAUCAAGAGCUGCCAGGCUGAUUUGGCGCGCUGCCCCGACUGCACACUCUGCAUGCAUUGCAAAACUCUCUGGCGGUCACAGGCGGGGAUGAAGCUCUGCUCCAUGAGAGCGUCGGAUCUGCGGGGAAAUGCCGGCGCAGCUUGAGUCGAUGACGUCGCUCACCUCGCUGAUUAUGUCAUCCCCGCGUGACUCAGCACGUUUCCGUAUCAGGCGCGACCUGGGCCCAAUUAUCCGCCUGCCCAAGCUGCAAAUUUUGAGCCUCGUGCACGGCUUAGAUAUCAAAGAGAUCCCCGCUUACCAGGUCUGGGAUGCGCGUUCCCUGUGCAUCCUGGGUCUGGCUUGGUAUGAGCUUGCUAAGAGAAAGAGCCAGCUAUGUGUAAAGCUUUUAGGGCAGGCUCGCAUGCGCAGCUGCGGUGUGAUACGGAAAAGGACAGAGCUCCCGGUGCAUUAUUGUUUCGGCAGACUGAAACGGCACGCCGGAGGAUAUGAAUGUGGUGCAGAGGCACAGGUGCGCGUCAGUGCAGCACUCGUCUAGAGGUGAAUAUGCGAUGUUGUGACUCUGUGAACCACUCAUUGAAGCUUGCAGGGUUGUGAAGAUUCUUAUAGUUGCACGGCAUAGGUCAACUGAAGAAUGCCACACUGGGAGACUUCUUAGUUCAGUCCCUAUUUGAGGUGAAUUAGGGACUGCAAGCAUUAUGAACAGACAAUCGGCGGUUUUUAAAUAUAUAAAUUUUUU